ACUAGGGAAUGGGCACUGUUCAAAAAGGAAUGCCUCAUAAGUGUUACCAUGGCAAAACCGGAAGAGUCUACAAUGCCACCCAGCAUGCUGUGGGCAUGAUUGUAAACAAGCAAGUUAAGGGCAAGAUUCUCGCCAAGCGAAUUAACGUGCGUAUUGAGCACAUCAAGCACUCUAAGAGCCUAGACAGCUUCCUGAAGUGCAUGAAGGAGAACGACCAAAAGAAAAAGGAAGCCAAGGAGAAGGGCACCUGGGUUCAGCUGAAGCGCCAGCCCGCCCCACACAGAGAAGCACACUUUGUGAGGACUAACGGGAAGGAGCCUGAGCUGCUGGAGCCCUUUCCAUAUGAAUUCAUGGCCUAA